AUGCCCAAAAUGGGGUUUCGCGCAGGGAGCGCUAGGAGCCUAGGAAUGCUCCGUCACACGCAUGUCAUGGAACGUCUGCGUGGAGAGAUUGCUUCCGUCAUGGGAGGUGGCUCCAUACCAAGUAGGGAGCAAAUCAGGAGAAUGCCAUACCUUGCUUGUGUCAUCAAAGAAAGUCUUCGUCUAUAUCCUCCUGUUCCGCUUAAUAACCGCGAAGCGGUGCGGACUACCAUUCUACCAACGGGAGGCGGCCCAGAUGGAGAUAAGCCCAUGUUGAACAUUUACGGACAUGAUGCAUACGAAUUCCGUCCUGAGCGAUGGGAGAGCGGUGAACUUGCUAAUAUUGGCUGGGGCUUCUUUCCCUUCAGUGGUGGACCCCGCCAAUGUUUGGGGGAAGACUUCGCCCAGAUGGAGGUUUCAUACACUAUCGUGAGGAUGCUGCAAACAUUUUCGCACAUCUCCUUACCCAUAGGGGAGCCAAAUGAGCCAGUCGGAAGCGAAAAGCAGCAGCUGACACUGGUCCUAUUGAGCGCUGAAGGAUGUAAAGUGGAGAUCCUAAAAGGGUAG